AGCUUCACUCCCUCGAGGCCCUCGUUCGACUUGAGACACCCACAUCUUCGGAAAGCCACUUCGCAGCACAGGCUUCGCGGCGGUCAAGCGUGAACACCAGGCUGUCGGAUCAGGGGGCUGUCUCGAACCCCCAAAAGGCAAAGGACACGGCCUUUUCCCCACCGCCAGCUGAACCCGCAGCCCUCGCCCAUGAAGACCGGCCCGCCAUGUUUUAUGGGACGCACUUCAUCAUGUCCCCACCCACCAAGAGCAAGCUGAAGCGGCAGGGCCAGCUGCUGUCCAGUGUGCUGUCCCGGACCCUGAGCCACAAAUACCGUGACCUGGACGCCACCGGCGAUGACCCCGCAGAGCUCUCCACCCAGCUCUCAGUGCCCGGGGUCCUGAAGGUGUUCGGGGACAGCGUCCGCACAGGCACCCACUACAAGAGUGUGCUGGCCAGCAGCACGUCCAGCGCGCAGGAGCUGGUGAAGGAGGCCCUGGAGCGCUACGCCGUGAGCCCCGAGUGCGCCCGCCAGUACGUGCUGUGCGACGUGGUGGGCCAGGCUGGCGACGCCGGGCAGCAGUGGCGGGCCGAGUGCUUUCGGGUGUUUGGGGACAACGAGAAGCCCCUCUUGAUCCAGGAAUUGUGGAAACCGCGAGAAGGCUUGUCCCGGAGGUUUGAGCUGAGAAAGAGGUCCGACGUGGAAGAGCUGGCAGCCAGGGAUGUGGACACCGUGACAGCAGGGAUAAACGCCCAAGCCCGGAGGCUGCAGCGGAGCCGCGCCAAGGGGACCCCAGCCCUGGCCUUGGGGGCCUCCCAUAGCCCCCCACCACCCCGGCUGCGCCGCACGGUCAGCGAGACCAGCCUGAGCCCCGCCGCCACCCAGGGCCCCGAGGAGCCCGGCCAGGACACCAUGCGCUACUCCCUCUACGAGUCACCGCACCUGCUCCUCCUGCAGGGCUACAGCCAGCAGCACGACAGCCUGGUGUACGUGCUCAACCGGGAGCGGCACACAGUGGGCCAGAGGACGCCCUCCAGCAAGCCCAGCAUCAGCCUCUCGGCCCCCGACAUCCUGCCCCUGCACUGCACCCUCCGCCGGCACCAGCCCGCGGGCCGAGAGCAAGCAGCGGGCCGGCUGGUCCUGGAGCCCAUCCCUGGGGCGCCCGUGGCGGUCAACUUCUCGGAGGUGGGGGGCCGGACCGUGGUGCUGUGCCAUGGCGACCUGCUGUCCCUGGGCCUCUACUACCUGCUGCUGUUCAAGGACCCCGCGCAGGCCCGGCCACUGCCCACCCAGGCCCUGGCCCGCCUCCGGGCGGCACCACAGAGCUGCAGGAUGUGCGGGGCCCUGCUGCAGGCCCCCGGCACCUCGGCCCCCCCGCCGGCCGGCCUGCCCCUGCCCGGGCCGCCGCACCUGGAGUUUGAGCCCGACAUGGAGGACGCGCUGCUGCAGCGCAUCCUGACGCUGGUCGAACCGGCCGGCGACGACCACACGCUGACCCCCGCCUUCCUCCUCUGCCUCUGCAUCCAGCACUCGGCCACCCGCCUCCAGCCAGGCUCCUUCGGGCAGCUCCUGCUCAAGAUUGCCAAGAUGAUCCGCGAGAGAGUGCGGGAGAAAACCAAAGACCUAGCGGAGAACCAGGCGCACCUCCCGGAGCCCGCCUCCUCGGCCAGCGCUUCCCUGGCUGGCCUGGUCCCGGACCUGCAGCACAUUCUCUUCUGGAUGUCCAAUGCCAUCGAGCUCCUGUACUUCAUCCAGCAGCAGUGCCCGCUGUACAUGCAGAGCUUGGAGGAGGAGCUGGACGUCACAGGCUCGAGGGAGUCCCUGUUCUCCUGCGCGCUCUCGGCCAGCGAGGAGGCCAUGGCGGUGCUGGAGGAGGCCGUGCUGUGCGCCUUCCAGCAAUGCGUGUACUACGUGUCCAAGUCCCUGUACGUCUGCCUCCCGGCCCUGCUGGAAGGCCCCCCUUUCCAGAUGGAGCGCCGGGAGAGCUGGUGCUCGGCCCCCCAGCUGCCCGAGGAGCUGCGCCGCGUCGUGUCUGUCUACCAGGCCACCCUGGACCUCCUGCGGCAGUUCCAGGUGCACCCCGAGAUCGCCUCCCAGGUGCUGGCCUACCUCUUCUUCUUCUCCGGCACUCUGCUCUUCAACCAGCUGCUGGACCAGGGCCCAUCUCUGAGUUGCUUCCACUGGCCCAGAGGCGUUCAGGCCUGCACCCGGCUGCAGCAGCUCCUGGACUGGACAAGGAGCGCCGGCUUCGGGGGCGCGGGAGAGCGCUUCUUCCGGAAGCUUUCCUGCACCCUCAACCUGCUGGCCACGCCCCGCGCCCAGCUCAUCCAGAUGAGCUGGGCAAACCUGCGGGCUGCGUUCCCGGCCCUGAGCCCUGCGCAGCUGCACCGGCUGCUGACCCAGUACCAGCUGGCCUCGGCCGUGGGCCCCAUGAGCGCCUGGGAGCCAGGCGCCCAGGACCGCCCCGAUGCCUUCAAGUCAGAGGACGUCCUGGAGUCCUAUGAGAACCCGCCGCCCAUCGUUUUGCCAAGCGAGGGCUUCCAGGUGGACUUGGAGGUGGACUGCCUGGAUGCCAGCACCUACCAGCACCUCCUCUACCUGCGCCACUUCCUGUGGGGCCUGCGGGGCAAGCCCAGCCCUAGCGGGGGUCCUGCCCCCCCUGAGGGCGUUAAGGGCCUGAACUCUCCCUGCCCUGAGGGGUACCCCGAGGGCCAGAGCUGCCCCCUGGCUCCCAGGGACCCUGGCAGGGGAGCCUGUGAGGCCGGCCUGGCGCAUCCUCCGCCCUCUGCGGGGGCUCCCCGGGCACAGGGCCCUCCAGGAAGGAGCCACGGGGGCCCCCAGCCCGGCGCUCUGCACACGGACCCCUCCUGCCUGCUCACACCUCCCGGCACCCCGCUUGAGCCCGCCGCCCCCGACUGGCCUACCCCUGGCGGCCCCUGCGGGAAGGCGCUCCUGGGCGGGAGGAGGAGUGGACCGUGUGGCCCCCGGGGGCCAACUCCGGAAGGAGACUGUGUGGCGGCCGAGAUGCAGCCCCCGCCGGCGCCCUCCAGCCGCAGCUCCAGCACCGAGGACUUCUGCUACGUCUUCCUGGUGGAGCUGGAGCGAGGCCCCUCCGGCCUGGGGAUGGGCCUGAUCGACGGGACGGUGAGCGGCCCUGGGCUCCUCCUGCACACGCCCCUGGGCGCCCCCGGCCUCUACAUCCAGACCCUGCUCCCGGGCAGCCCGGCGGCGGCAGACGGCCGGCUGUCACUGGGGGACCGCAUCCUGGAGGUGAACGGCAGCAGCCUGAUGGGCGUCAGCUACCUGAGGGCCGUGGAUCUGAUCCGACACGGCGGGAAGAAGAUGCGGCUUCUGGUCGCCAAGUCGGACGUGGAGACGGCCAAGAAGAUCCGCUUCCGAUCGCCCCCUCCCUAAGGGGGCUGGGGGGCGCCCCGGUGCACCCGGCCCUGAGGUCCGGCCAAGCGUUCCUAAGUGGCAUGUCACCUUUAGGACACCGGCCGCCCCCACCCUGUGGAUAAUGUACAUCUUAGUGUAUAUUUUAUUUAUAUGACAGAUGACACUAAAUUGUGAUGUUUGUUACAGAGCUUUUAUGUUUAAGAGUUUAACGGAGACGUAUAGAUUAAAUAAACUAUCUUUCAUAUUCUCGGACGGGAUGGUGUGUGGAGUUGGGGUGGGCACUGUGCUGGGCCCCCCGGGGCCCCACAGGACCCAAUCCCCUCCCCUCCAGCACAGGAGAGACCCUGAGAGGAUGCAGGGGACAUGGUGAUGGUGGACCCUCUGUCUGCCCUCGCCCUGCCCAGAGACCAGGAGCAACGGGACACGCUGGGCAGCGGGCAGCCUGGCCCCCGGAAAAGGCCAGAGUCACCCCUCGGUGCAGGCUGCUCCCGGGACCCGCACGCUCAGUCAGCACAGUCCCUAAAAAAAAGUCUAGAAGCCCCAGAUGCUAAUAAAGGGAAGUCGUGACCUGAGGACACAGGCCCCUCUGAUCACUGAAGGCUCGGCUCGGCCCUAAUACCACGCUCUUAAUCUGUGGCCUGGCUGGUGUCCACCUGGUCACUGUCCCUUCGCCUGGCAGGAGGUCGGCCUUCUCACCCGCUGGCUGACCCUGCACAGAGUCGGCGGCAGGGCCGUGUUGCAGUGGCCAGGGCAGCGAGGCUGGGACAGCGCCACCCAGCGGGGCAUCUUCCGCAGGUUGGGCAGGUUCUGCAGCCUGGUGGGUCCCCACGUCCUCCACAGCGCAGAGAGACCCCGUGGAGGAGGGGACCCCGGCCAGUCAGCUGCAGACGCAGCCGUCACGUGGCAAGCGGUCUAGAGGAGCCCGCCGCCCCGCCCCGCCCCGCCUCGCCUCGCCUGGGCGUGCUAGGUCCGUGCUGGUUGUAAGCUCCGGGCCCCACGCGGCUCCACGGCGCCCCCUGGCGAGCGCAGAUGCGGCUGCCCAGCCUUCAGGUUAGGCCAGGAUCCACCCGCUGGAUCGCGGUCGCCCACAGGCCAAGUCCCCAAAGGCUGGAUCAGUGACGUUUUAACUGGAAGGAGGGGACGAGCUCGGGGAGGCUGGCAGCGGGCCCGACGCCUGGCGAAUCCCCGGUCUCAGCCCUUCACUGCGCUCCUCCGCGGGUAGGGGCCGCGGCCUCGUCCGAAUCCAGCUGCGGGGCCGAGUGGGGGACCCAGGUGACGCCGAUGAACGUAUCUUCAACACUGGCAUCCGCGGACACUGGGUCCCGAGGACCCAGCAGGGGCGGUGGGCCGCGGCGGGCGGCGGGCAGGGGUCUGCCCCGUCCCGGGAAGUCAGGGUGUCCACGGCACGCCCGCACCGACGCCCACGGCGCUGCUCCGCGCGCGCGUCACCUGUCGCUUCUCGGAAAACGCCCUGAGGCCGGACGCUGGGCAGAGGAGAGGCGGGCGCUCCCUGCCAGGUCCGCGCCCGGCCCCUGCGGUGCCAGCUCCGGUAUCGGCUGUCGUUUCUCUUCCGCGGCUGGCGUUUCUCAGGACGCCUAGGGACAGACUUGCUGGAGGCGGGGGCUCCGGGCGGAGCCUGGGCGGAGCCUGCGCCGAGCGGGGCGGGGCGGGGCCGAGGGCUUCAGGAUCGCGGAGCAGCAGCACCACCUGGCGGCCCCGGGGUUGCUUUGCAAGCGGCGGCUGACUUGAAUGCAACUGGUGGGAAGCGCUGGGGCUGGGGACGUUUCUUGCCGGCCACACCUAGCUAUCUCCCCACUUGGGAUAAUCCCUGAGCAAACCCUGACUUAGUCUGAGUAAGGCUCGGGUCGCAGGUGUCGGGGUCACUGGGAGCCCCGUUGGGUGGGUCCUGCCUUCCCUCUUAAUGGUAGGAGGCUUUAGGCCUGUAAAGGUGACAGCACCUCCAGCCCACCCAGCAGAGGCCCCAGCCUUCCCAUCCCUAAGUUAUUCAGGGGCAUGAAAAGGCACCCUGAACAAGCACACGGAACCAGCACACUUCCCCAGGGACAGCUGGGCGCGUCGCACACUUCCUUCCUGGCUGUGGAUUUCCGAUGCAGCUUAUGGGACACCUGUGACAUCGAGGCUGCAUCGCAUUCGGCCCUUACUUGUUGGGACUGAAUGGGAAGGAACAGCCCAGGUGUCUGGCCUGGCCAGCAAGGGCCCCUUAUGCCCCCAGGCCAGC